AAAAAUGAUAUUCGAAGCAUUUGAAUUUCUCCUUUAUACUCUAUAUCUGGCAAUAGUUUAUUUGAUUCCAAUCGCAAUGGCUGCUAUAGCUUAUGCAUCGAAUGAUAAACAAAAAAUGAGUAGAUGGCUAAUACAUUUUUUGCUGAUCAAUAUUUUGAAGCACACUGUGUUCCCAAUUCUAGCAUUAAUUUCAUUAUGUAAAAUAAAUAAGUAACCAUAAAAUAGAGGCUCUAAAUGAAACCUUAGGUAUUUGCAUAUUGAUAUUGCCAAUUUAUAUUUCAUUUGAAACAUUGGAAUAAUUUGUUGAAAAUAAUUAUGUAAUAGAUAUUUACUUAAGUUAGAAUAAUAUACUUGCUCCCAAAAUUGAAAUUCUAAGGCAAAAGUCUUACCAAGGAUUAUUAAAAUUUAAUUUAUUAUGA